AUGGAUUCACGUAAAAUGCUUUGCGAUCAACUACGUGCUAUUGAAAGCAAAAUAGAAGGUUGUCAACAAAAUGAUGAACCAUACGAUAUGUAUGUUAAUGAAAUGAACAGUCUAACAGAGACAAUUCAAUCACAAACACAACAGAUAAGUGAUGCUGGUGUACGAUCAUCAACUGAUGCAGGAGGUUGUUGUGGUGUCGCUGCAUCAGAUCCUGAUUGUCAGAUAUUAUCGUGUCGUUUAGUACAAUAACAUAAUAUUCAAGAAGCAGGCAUAGCUUUGAAAUAUUUAUUUGAAAAAAGUAAAUCUUUGAUUGUUAGUUUUGUAUGCAAAAAAUGUUUAUUGUCUUUAGUCGUUGUGUAACACCAGAAGACAAGGACCAGGCAACAGAUCGUUUAUUAAGAUAAAAUAUCUGGUAACACAUUCGCUUUUCCUGGAACAUGAGAGAUCGUGAAAUCAUACUGUUGCAGGCGCAGCAUCCACCAUGACAACUUCCCACGCGGGUCUCUGGCGGUCCUCAGCCACUGCGACGGCUUAUGAUCAGUCUCGACGCGGAAGCAUUGACC